UUCAACAUGGCGUCUCACGUAGUCGCUUGACUUCUGUCAACAAGACCAAAACACAGCUCGAGGUGAAUUGGAUAGUGUGUAGCGCGUUUGACUCACAUCAGUAAAGACAGUAGGAUGAAACUGUUGCUCACAGCGGUCAAACGAAUCCACAAACCAGCUGUUGACGCCAGUCCGCGGCGCCGCCUGAGCUCCUGUGCCUCCAGCAGCGGCCUGUCACCUCUCCGGGAUGAAGCUCUCGUCGUCGGCUCGAGCCGGGAGCUCGUGCGGAGACUCGGCUCACAGGUGGAGGUGAGGACGGGCUUCAUCACCGAGGAGGAGGAAGGGUCUUUUCUGCGAGAGCUGGAGCCGGGCCUGAAGAAGAAACGCUAUGAAUUCGACCACUGGGACGACGCUAUCCACGGGUACCGGGAGACUGAGCGUGCGAGGUGGGGCGCAGCGUGUGAGGAGGUGAUGAAUCGUGUCCGAUCUGUAGCGUUUCCUGAGGGUGGUCCACUCCUUGGGCCGGUGCACGUUCUAGAUCUGGACAAGACCGGCUACAUCAAGCCUCACAUUGACAGUGUCAAGUUCUGUGGUAGCACCAUCGCCGGGUUAAGUCUCCUGUCAGACAGCAUCAUGCGCUUGGUGAAGGAGGACGCCACCGAUGAAUGGGUGGACCUGCUGCUGCCCCGACUUUCCCUCUACAUUCUCAGGGACCAGGCCAGAUAUAACUUCACUCACCAAAUCCUGAGAGACGAGGAGUCUGUGUUCAACGGACAGAAAGUGCCUCGGCUGCGUCGUAUCUCCGUCAUCUGUCGGAACCUUCCGGGCUAACACCCACUUCCACACACAGCUUGGAUAUGAACACAACGCCACCUGGAUUUAGAGGAUUAUGUCACGGAUCUCCAUUAAGAUAUUUAGCAGAUAUCCCAAAUAUUUUUGGUUAAUGUAAUAUUUAUAUACUGUCACGUGCUUCUCCUUUCUCUCCGGCGAUAAACCUAUACCGACGGUCUGUUAGUUUGUUGUUUUAAACCGAGGAACAUGGAUCUUUUGUUUCUUCUUCUUCUUUUAUUUUAAUUCACCGUCUAACCCUAUACUUUGGUUUCGAUAUAGUAUAGCGCUCGGAUAGCUAUUCGGGGCAACAAGAAUAAUUUGUAUCUUCCUACUCUGUGAUCCACUGGUUUAAAUCUUUUCACACUGUCGUCAGGUCUCUCCUCCUACUUACCUAUUGCCUGUGACCCAGUGUGUGUGUGUGUGUGUGUGUGUGUGUGUGUGUGUGUGUGUGUGUGAUGAAAUCAGUACAUGUGCCGUAGUGUGAGCAGUUCUUCAGCUUACCUCAGGGGCUGAGUGGUACCCCGUAUAAUAGACCCCUCUCUCUUGGUUCCUUGUCCCGAUCAAGAUGAAAAAAAUGGAGCCGUAGAAAAUAAUUAAGCUUUAAUAACUUGUUUAUUCAAAUCGAUUCAAACUAUAUCUAUUUGGAUACAAAUAUAGAGAAAAAAUGGUUCACAAACAGUUUGCAACACCCGAAUAGAAUGAAGCCUACACCAGUGAGCAAAGUGUCGUGCCAAAAGUCCGGAGAAAAGUUACUUUAAAAUUGAACACAAGUUAAGAUUUGCACCUUCCCUUUCUUCUGCCCACGCGCAAGCCCAAAAUGCCAGCCCCAAUUCUUCCAAACUGAAGGUUUAUAUCAGCCUCAGCCUGCCCCGGGUGAGUGUAGCCUUCACGUGUUGGUCUUGUGAGACAGCAUGGAGCACUACACCCCGCCCGGACAGGCUACGUGGCCUGAUUACGGCCUUUAGUUGACCUUCUCUUUUUGAAGACUAAAUUUAGUGGUUCCUAAUUUCACUCUAGACUUAUGACACUCUUGCUCAUGGUUAGGUUCAAUACAAUGAAAACAUGAUAUCACAGUAACAGUAACACAUAUAACAGUAAACUUCCAAAUACAUGUGCUCUUUAGGCAGGGUUGUCUUGUAUGAUACCUUUAUGAGGUAGGAGCCCUAUCCCAAGCAAUACGUGACCUAUCAAGCGAUUCAAACAAUAUGAGGUCGAUGAUAAUUCAUAUGGUUCAUACAAUUCAUAGGUUAAAAGGUUACAAUGUUCCUCAGGUGCCUGCAGUGGCGGCUGGUCAAUAGAGGACGCUAGGGCACCGCCACAACAAAUAAAAUAAAUAAUAAU